AUGUUCCCGUACAGCUGUGUGUUUGAGCUGAGUCAGACCAACCAUGACAUACCACUCAACAAAUCACCAUUCAGAGGAGUAGCUAAAGGUCCCAGUCACUUCCUGUCUCUGUUUCUCUCGGACAGAUUGCGCCUUAAUCCUCAUAUGGACGUAAAUAUAGCACAGCAACACAAUGGAGGCAUUCCUCAAAGGGGCAACCUCAAAGCCUCAAAGUCUGUCCAGUCCAGUCUGAAGAAGGCCCAGGAAGACGUGGCAGCCAGGAGUUGGAUGUCCACAAUUUUGGCAAUGGGCACAGCUCUGAGGCCUAAUUAUUUAUGGGGCUUCUACCUGUUUCCAAAGUAUUAUAAUUACGACUGGGAAGCGCUGCAGUACACCGAGGCUCAGAGGUGA